GGCUGGCGAUGCCAGACGCCUGACUGGAGGCGGACCAGCCGGCCAGCUGCCUCUCUCGAGUCAGCCCCGCACUUGGGUCCCCUGCCCUCACCUGCUGUCUGUGGGGCGGCUGCCUCCUUCUCAUCUGGCCAUGCAGUGGCUGUGGCCGCUGGCUGUCUCCCUUGCUGUGGAGUCAGCUGCAGGGCUGAGUGGAGUCUCUGGGGGAGCCCCCCUGCCCUUGGGCAGGUACAGAGCCGAGGCCUGGGAGCAGCAGAGUCGGUCCAAGAGAGGCAGCGAGGACGAGGAGGCCAAGGGGGUGCAGCAGUAUGCGCCCGAGGAGUGGGCUGAGUACCCCCGGCCCAUCCACCCUGCUGGCCUGCAGCCCACCAAGCCCUUGGUGGCCACCAGCCCCACCCCAGACAAGGACGGGGGCAUCCCGCGCAGCAGGCAGGAGCCUCGGGGCAAUCUGACCGGGCCGCCGGGCCAGAGGCUGCAGAUUCAGAACCCCCUGUACCCGGUGACUGAGAGCUCCUACAGCGCCUACUCCAUCAUGCUCCUGGCCCUGGUGGUCUUUGCUGUGGGCAUCGUGGGCAACCUGUCUGUCAUGUGCAUUGUGUGGCAUAGCUACUACCUGAAGAGCGCCUGGAACUCCAUCCUUGCGAGCCUGGCCCUCUGGGAUUUCCUGGUCCUCUUCUUCUGCCUCCCUGUUGUCAUCUUCAACGAGAUCACCAAGCAGAGGUUGCUAGGUGACAUUUCUUGCCGGGCCGUGCCCUUCAUGGAGGUCUCCUCUCUAGGCGUCACCACCUUCAGCCUCUGUGCCCUGGGCAUCGACCGCUUCCACGUGGCCACCAGCACCCUGCCCAAGGUGAGGCCCAUCGAGCGGUGCCAGUCCAUCCUGGCCAAGCUGGCUGUCAUCUGGGUGGGCUCCAUGACGCUGGCCAUGCCCGAGCUCCUGCUGUGGCAGCUGGCACAGGAGCCCGCCCCCACCACGGGCAGCGUGGACUCCUGCAUCAUGAGACCCUCCGCCAGCCUGCCCGAGUCCCUCUACUCGCUGGUCAUGACCUACCAGAACGCCCGCAUGUGGUGGUACUUCGGCUGCUACUUCUGCCUGCCCAUCCUCUUCACGGUCACCUGCCAGCUAGUGACGUGGCGGGUGCGGGGCCCCCCGGGGAGGAAGCUAGAGUGCCGGGCAGACAAGCACGAGCAGUGCGAGAGCCAGCUCAACAGCACCGUGGUGGGCCUGACCGUGGUCUACGCCCUGUGCACCCUCCCCGAGAACGUCUGCAACAUCGUGGUGGCCUACCUCUCCACAGAGCUGACCCGCCAGACCCUGGACCUCCUGGGCCUCAUCAACCAGUUCUCCACCUUCUUCAAGGGGGCCAUCACCCCCGUGCUCCUCCUGUGCAUCUGCCGGCCGCUGGGCCAGGCCUUCCUGGACUGCUGCUGCUGCUGCUGCUGCGAUGAGUGUGGCGGGGCCUCCGGGGCCUCGGCCGCUGACGGCUCGGACAGCAAGCUCAAGACCGAGAUGUCCUCCUCCAUCUACUUUCACAAGCCCGGGGAGUCGCCCCCACUCCUGCCCCUGGGCACACCUUGCUGAGGCCAGGCCCCAGAGGGGAGGCCUGGGAGGGGGCGAGGGGGACAGGGAGGGGCACCCCUGCCCACGUCUCCUGUUUCUGUCCUCAUGGUCUUGCUGUCUAGAGAUGGACUUGGCUCCUCUUGUCGAGGUUCGGGCCCGUCAAAGCCCCCUCCCCAAGCAGGGCUUCCCCUGCCAUCUGUGGGGCCUCCCAGCCCUGUCCUCUCAACCAGUGUGUGGGGAUGCUUCUAGGUCCUUGGAACUGCCUAGAAGCUCCAGCCUCACCAGCUCGGAGCCAGAACUUCACCCAGUUCCUCCCUGCUUCCCUCUCUCUGUCUUGGAACCCAGCCAUACUUCAGUUGUGUCCUCUCUAAGCCUCAUUUCCCUGCCCCCCACCCAUCCUGGAGUAGGGGGCUCUUUGGGGGCCAGCCUGGCUUGGCUC